AUUGCGCUUAUUUUACAAGGCUACAUGGGUAAUACACCCCACUCCCCAUCAUAUGCUGUUUCUCUCCAGACUCUUGAGCAUUAUCAUUUACUGCGUCUUUGCAAGCCAUCCCUCAGUGUUGAGGCAUUUGCAAAGGUCAUAUGUGAUUCAUAUGGUAUACCUUAUGUUAGGACUUACCGCACUGUUCUAUCAUCGACAUUCAACAUAUAUCUUACCAUCUUACAUGAAGUUGAGAAACACAUCAAAGCUGCCCUUCAACGUGACUCGCCUAACUGGCGUGUUUUGAAUGCCUGCCCUGCCUGCACCUACAUGCUGGAAGAUGAACCCCCACUAAAAUUCAACCGCAUGUAUGUCUUUGAUGGAGGUAACUCUGCAAAGUGCAUGCUGACACUCACCAAGCGACAAACAGGAGAUUUACGUUGCUUCGGAGAUAGUGACUACCUCCUUCCCCACGCUUUUGUUAAAACAUUCGCAGGUGAAGUUCGACCGAAAUCGUCGAUUCCUGACGAAGACUCAGCUCCUGGCAUUCAUGACCGCCUUCCUGUAUCAAAUGACACCUCUAAUUCUAUUGCUGCUGACUGUAGCAAAAAUUGGAAGGCAGCCGCCUCUGAUGAAAAGAAGAGGAUGUGGAGUAUAUUUGACGAGACUGGUAUUUUCGUCAGUGCAUGCUGUCAUGGCCUCAUCCUAUGGUAUGCAGAUAUGGCUAAUAGUUACAUGAACAGCGCCAAGUACCCUCUCGCCAUCAUUGCUAAAGUUCUCGAACUUCUUGGUGAACACUCACUCGGUGCCUAUGACAUCGGUUGUGGCUUCUCAUCCACGGUCAUGGCCAGUAGCCUGGGCCCUCUUUUUAAGAACAUGGACUGUUGUUUGUGUGUCGAUGCAUUUCAUGGCUUUGCACAUAACUAUUGCUGUCAGACUAAGCACCAUCCACUUGGGAUUGACGGUGCAGGUCUUGAAGACUUCGGAACUAUUGAACAUAUUUUUUCUGCAUCAAAUGCCCUCUCCCCUGUCAUUCAAUAUGCAAGCGCUUAUAAUCGGCACGUGUUUCUCGACGGAGUUUGA